AUGAACGGAAGACCAGUCGUUCGAGCUUCUGCAGGACCGCCCCGUGAAAUCGAUUUGAUGUGCUUCGAGCUGAUGCCCCGUCACCACAACAUUGCCCGUUUUCGCAUGGGACGACCGUUCCCUCUUGAUCCUCGCACAAAAGCUGCUCUGGGCGCGGACUAUAUGUUGCAUAUGUUCAAGGAAGCCUGUCAUUGGAGCUCUUUCACUCUAAAUUACAUUGAAUGGACCUACGAGUACUUCGUCCUCGAUCCGCCUGUGCCCAUCAAUUGUCCCAUCCAGGGCAAAUUUAAAUUCGUCCAGACGGGCCAAGAGGCCGAGAAGUACGUCUUCAAGAUGCCCAAUGGAAUGACACCGAGACCCUGGCUGCAGUCUCCAUCCCUUCUCUUGGAGCAGAUGGCAGACAUCAUGGAAAUCGAUGGUCGAACCAUCAUCUUUGGAGUAAAUGACAGAAGCCCUUAA